UGCUUGUUUACACCGAGUAUGUGACCAAGCAGGUUUUGCAGACUGCCGGUGGGCUAAGCUAGGCGGCUGUUUGCGGAAGACGCGCCCGACUCGUGAGACUGCCCCAUGUCUGAAGGUAGCAGCCGGCUGGGUAUCAUGGGCAUCAUGAGUCAUGGCUCUAAUUAUCCGAUGGUGGGCAUGUGGGAAUCAAGCCUCGGGCAGUCCAAGUUUGGCCUUCCUAUCUCUCUAUCGAGCGUUCAUCCGAACAACACCGCUACACUACGGACAGCGGGCCGGAGUUCGAUAUCAGACGGCGGGGUCGGUCGUUCACCAUCAAGGUCGAUCCUCGCAUAUGGGUUCCGACCCCUGGCGUACUACAUGGGGGCCUACGAUCAUGGGCAGCGCGAUAGGGGGAGGAGCUCGAGGAGGUCGCGGGAAGUGUGGUCUGUGUGGGACCGUUGGAGGGACUGAUCAGCUGAUUGGGGACAGAACCAAUCAGGGGCACGACAGCUCCUCCAUCUCGACCGCUAGGCACGUCCCGAGGCCCCCAGCGCCCACCUCCGAUGCGACAUGUCAAACUCUCCGACCCGCAUCCGCCCAGCAGAUCUCUCUGCACGCCCCAUUCCCCGGCUGCACAUCCUGCAGUGCUUUAUGCCGCGCGAUCUUGGAUUCGCGUUGCCAUCUCGAACAAAUGCCGCCGUUGCGUCGCAUCGCGUCGUCGACUUACACAGGAUACGCUGCCUUCUCGCCGCCAAGCUUGUUGGGUUGUUUGUUUGUUGCUCCCGCACCAUCGGUCCGUUUCAUACGAGGCGCGAUGAGAGAAAUGCUACCUCGCCUCUACGAUAGCACUCCUCGCUUGAGACGGCGUUGCGUGCGGAGAUAACCAUCUGCGACUGGACUGCAUGACCGCAUCGCGAGGUCCGCUACAUUCCUGGACAGGAUACCCGACGCAAACGAAACGGCCUCUUGCAUGUCCAGGCCCACGUUUCAUCGCUUUCUUUGGCCGCCCCCCCGUGCCGCCGGACGCCAUCCUAGUGGUCACACCUCGAUGCCGAUCUCGGUGUCGAGGCUUUCAACAUCGACUCCACGACAAAAUCUUCCUGACCUCAGCCCCCGCCCUUCUGCAGCUCACACAGUCCGGCUUGAUCAUGCCGCUC